AAUUGAUCAGAAAGAGUAAAUAUAAUAUAUUUAAUUUCGAGAUACAACUUUGAGGGCCGAAUUUAUCAUUUAUUUGUUUUGAUUGUAAUUGGUUUUGCAAAUGGAUUAGCAUUUGAUGGUUUGGGUGAAUAUUUGUGGGCGGUAGCCGACAGGACAAACUCAUUAGUCAUUACCUGUUUCCUUUAGUUUUUAGUUUCAGUUUCAGCUUGUCGGUUCUCACCGACUAAACCGUCUGCUUGCUGCUUUUUUGGUUGUUUUCUUACUUAUCAAUUAAUCUAUAUAUUUAAUUAAUUAAAUUAGAUUAGACCCCCCUCGCUAAUACAAACUAUAUGAUAAACAUAAAGUUGAACUAACAAUUUGGCCACAUAAAAAUAAAAUAAUCCACGAAACACACACACCCCACCUGUCAGCCUUAUCCAAAAUUUCCCUCUUAUAAAUAACUUUGAUCUUCAAUUUUGAUACCAUUAUCAAAAUAGUAUAUCAUUUAACAUAGAAAUGGCCGAUAUUGCUAUGCUGGUUGCUGAAGAGUACGAAAGGAGAGUGAAGAAUUCAAGAAAUACGAGUCCUAAUGAAGAAGUGCUCAUCAGCUGGGCUUCUCGGCUUUCUUUUAUUUCUGAAAGUUCCAAGAUAAAAAGUGAAGAAGAUGGGAAUAGUAAAUGGGGUUUUGAGGCUAAGUCUGGAAUUGGUGCUGCUGCUUCUACUGCCUUCUUCUCUGCUUGAUUUACUUCAUUUUAUAGAUUUUCUUUGUCUAUAUUUUCUGCCUGUUCCGCUCCCAAAAUGGUCCAUCAUAUUGUAAAUAUUUUCAUCUCCUUUUCCUUCACUUUUAUGACACAUUUUAUUUCCUUUGUGAAA